AGCCCGCCCCCACCUCAGGCUCCUUUGGAUCAGGUUCACCUGCUGGGCACUGUGCUAGUCGGGGAGGUUGGUGCAUCUUUAAUGAAGUCACCCGAUACCCAGAACAAGCUUUUGGCUCCACCAAGUUCCUGAAGCCAGACCUACUGGUGCCCACCGAGCCACCGACUUCCGUGCCUGGGUACCAGGCCUCUCUCUCCUUCAACCAUGAACCAGGCCUUCUGGAAAACCUACAAGUCCAAAGUGCUACAGACCCUGAGCGGGGAAUCUGAGGAGGACCUGGCGGAGGAGAAGGAGAACCCAGCGUUAGCGGCAUCUGAGACGGCAGAAGCCACUGAAGAGGCCUCCAGUCCCAUGUCACAGCUGGCCCGCCGGGUCCAGGGCGUCGGGGUGAAAGGCUGGCUGACCAUGGCAUCUCUGUUUAACAAGGAAGACGAGGACAAGCUGCUGCCGCCCGAGCCCUGCGCUGACCACCCGCUGGCGGCGCGACCCCCCUCGCAGGCGGCGGCGGAGGCGGAGCCGCGCGGCCCCGGCUUCUGGGACGCGUUCGCCAGCAGGUGGCAGCAGCAGCAAGCGGCGGCGGCGUCCAUGCUGCGCGGCGCCGAGCCCGGCCGGGAGCCGGACCCGGAACCCGGGGACGAGGCCGCCGAAGAGGCCGGCGAGCACCCCGAGCCGAGGGAAGCGGACCCCGCGGCCGGCUUCAAGUGGGGCUUCCUCACCCACAAACUGGCCGAGAUGAGGGUGAAGGCCGCGCCCAAGGGCGACUAGCCAGCCGGCCGGCCGGACUGGAACCCGCCUCCCCCCAUAAAAAGUACCCCCAGCCCAGUGCCUCAUGUGACCGCGUGGUUUCAUCCUGGCAACAGCGAAAGCAGUUUGGGGGUAGGCGCCCCCGCGCAGUCUUUCUGGAAAGCCCCUUCCUCGUUCCCCUACGAACGUGCAGGGGGGCAAUGGCCGGAGACAGCCCGGGUGUCAGGUUGGGUGCCGCUGGUUUGAGGUACAACUUCCUAGAAAGCAGGGGUACCCAGAGGACCGGCUUCGAAGUCCCGUCCAGCCUUGCUUACGUUAGGUGGGCCUGCUGCCUACGUGGGCCGUGUACUGUGGACAGGUCACAGCCGAGCGGGAGAACUCAGCAUUAGCAGGUGCAGCAGAAUGUGACACAUCAGACACAAAAAUAGGGGUGCUGAUGGUAAGUCGGGAGGACUGGGAACUCGGGGAGGUUUCCUGAAGA